GUUCGAAUAAACGAGGCUGUCUUGUUCACAGUAUACAAGUUUUCUUUAGCGAGCGGUAAUGAAUUCCAGUAACUCCGCUCUACUGCAGUGAUUUUGCUUUAAAACUCUAAUAAUUUAUUUUAUAUAAAUCUGUGAUGGCACGCAGUUUUGGCUGCUUACGUUACCUACUUCUCUCGUGCGUUGUAUUUUUUGGAAUUAUUGGAAUAAUUGUGAGCGUUACUUCUGGAUAUUCCAUUUAUCGAUUAUAUGAAUAUGCUCCUCUUACACCAAAUAAAGUGUGUGGACCAGCUAUAAUUUUAUUGGGAAUGGGAAUUUUAUCAAUUCUUCUUGCAUGGUGGGCAUACUAUUCAGUGGAUCACAACAAUCUAUCUCCAGCAGUUACGUUUAGUUUCUUUCUUGGAUUAAUCACACUUGUAGAAUUCUCUACAGGAAUUUGGUCUUUUGUUAAGCAUGAAGAAAUAAAUGAAAUUCCUGCCUUUGAAGCAAAAAAAGCUUUUUCUUUAGCUAUAACGGAUCAUAAAAAACUUUGGGAUCGUAUGCAAUCAAAGUUAGGAUGCUGUGGAUUAUACGGGCCAUCAGAUUACCGUGAUAAACAAGGAGUUCCUUGGUCAUGUCAUAAAGCAUCUUUAACAAAUGACGCAGAAAACCCGUACUUAGAAUCUUUUUAUAAAAUCGGAUGUCUUUAUUCAGCACAUCAAAACACGCGAUCAGUAUUAUUAAGUUUGUUUCUAACAUCACUAGGAUCUGUAAUUCUACAGGUAUGUUUUCUAGCAGUGACAACAUGCUAUUCUAAAGCAAUUAAGAAAAAAAAGGAAAAGCGGAAACAAGAUAUGAUCGACUCUGCAAGAAAUCGUUCUGUUAACAAGCCUGAUAAUCACAUGUUAAAACCUAAAGCACUACCUUUACCAUAAACCAUAACAGAUUUUAUAAUAAAUGUUUAACAUUUUUAAUAAAAAAUUAUCAACUCCAA